AUGGCAGAGAGUGCGAACAAGUACCGGCCGUUCGCAGUUGUGGAAAGUGCUAUCCUACGCAACUUCGCCAAGCUACUCAACGAGACGAAAGAGGGCCAUCUGGAAGCAACACCUACGACGCUCAUCGGCGGUGCGCUGUCAAUGGCCCUUACCCACAUCAACAAGCAGACCAUUCUGCAUGCUCCCACGGCCGCUUCCGCCGAGAGCACAUCUCUCGCGGCACUCGCCGACUCGGAAAACACCCACGUCGACCGCGUGCCCCUCACAUCCCGCAUCCUCAUUGUAUCUGUAUCCGGCGACCUUGCGAACCAGUACAUACCCGUCAUGAACUCCAUUUUUGCCGCACAAAGAAAGCGAAUACCCAUAGAUAUUUUGAAACUGGCGGGCGACACUGUGCUACUGCAGCAAGCAAGCGAUGCGACUGGAGGCGUAUACAUGAAGCCGGACCGCCCGGAGGGCCUGCUACAGUAUUUGAUGAUGGCGUUCUUACCAGAUGUAACAGCGCGGACAAGCCUCAUAGUCCCUAGCGCCGGCGGUGUCGACUUCCGUGCGGCUUGUUUCUGCCAUAGGAGGGUUGUUGACAUCGGAUUUGUCUGCAGUGUGUGCUUGAGCAUCUUCUGCAACCCGGAUCUUCCUGAUAACCUGUGCCUGACGUGCGGCUCCUAUCUAUCGCUGCGCAGUGCUGUCAUGAACCCGCCGGCAUUGAUACCACGGAAAAAGAAAAAGAAGAAGAAGGCCGGGACGGAUUCUGCAACACCAGGGGCAAACACUCCUGCAGGAUCUGGUACUCCACUCCAUGGUUGA